UAACUGCAAUAUGGACGAAGUACGAGCUAUUAGAGACUGAUAACUCGCUAUCGACAUCGAGAUGAAUCAACGGUCCUUCAUAAUAAUCUGUCAGUAGCUGCAGCUUUUGCGAAUCCUAGUUGCUUGGAGCUUCUUUCCUUCCAACGCUCAAACACAUUCCAUUUCAAUUCGAAGAUAGAAGAGACUUGAACAGAUGCAGAUUUUACUGCAGAUUUUGAUGCAGUAUUUACUGCCACGAUAAAAAUCCUCUUUAAACUCAAGAUGACAGUAGUGUAAGAAAAAACAGAGAAGUCGGCGAGUGAUACUAUUCAGAGGCAUAAAAACGCUUAAUUAUUCAUAAGUCCUCCCAACUCGCGCGGAGCAGCGUCGGCGUUCGCCCCUUAGCCGACUAUCCUAUUUACCACCCUGCUGGCAGGAGGCGGCGAGUGCAGCAACCCCGCAGCUGCGCAGGUGUAUCGUAGCCGGCACCUGCCUUCUUAUCAACAUCUCCGAAAACUCCUCCAGUCACGCCAGAGGGAAGGCCCGGCCCGGCUAGCACCUUCCGCACUCUCGUCCGACCUCACCCUACCCUCGUUCCGCGCGCAACCUCGCCGUUCGGAGAGGAGAGUCUCCUGUACUAUCUUGUUCUCGUCACACCUUCUCGCAUCACCUGCAUCCAUCGGCAGGCGAGCAACCGCCGUUGUUGGGCAGGACGAUGCGAUGGGCGAAGGUAGAAGCGACCGUUCCGGCAAAAGGCAAAGAUCCUCCACUCGCGGCAUCGGCGAGUCCUCCUCGGAUUCCGAGAUAGCGCGCGGCAAAGGGGGCAAAGGUAAAGCGCGCAAGAGCAAGGUCAAGGAGAGAUGGCCAUUCCUCGAAGGGCUAACGGUCGACGAGUUGGCUCGCUAUCGGCGAAGACGCGUACACGAUCGGCCAAAGGACAAUCUCCAGCCUUAUCCGGAACUGCUGCCGCUGAUCAUCCAGGACCCCGCGUCUGAAUAUCAGCGUGCCUUCGGUGUGACUGUCGAGGAACCGUCUAAGGAAAAUGUCUGGCCAAUAAAAGAUAGCGAGCCCGAGGAUUAUUCACGCGUGGAAAGGACCGUCGAGGAUGUGCGAUCUUCGCGUCAUAUGGAUGUCAGAGAACGCGAAGAGAUCGAGGAUCCAUCCACUGGAAAAGAGAUUCUACCUUCUCAAGUGGUUCAUGACCACGAGACGAUGGAUGCAUGGAGAACAGAUGUCCCGCAGUUUGAGGCUUCGAUCAGACGUCCGUCUCUUAUUAGGAGGGGCACCAGCUUAAAGUGCGACGGUAACUUCUACGCAGACACGGAAACGUACUCGGCGUAUGUGCCUUACGAAGGUCAGCAUCGCGCCGAGCUCGCGCGCCGACCCACGUCCUUGAGAAUGGAGGGCGAGCUGGACACCAUGACGGAAAAGUGCGAGAAGUUCAUCGAAUGGCUGAACGUCAGCCGACCGGAGCUCAUGCGUAUACCCACUAAUCUGAAGAUGGAGGGCGAGCUGGAAACGGCGACGGAAAAUCACGACAAGUACGUCCCGUUCGUGGGCGCGCGAAGACCUGAGCUGCUAAGGCGAAGCACGAACCUGAAGCUGGAAGGGGACACGUACUUCGUGCCGGAGUACACCGACGUGUUCAGAGACCACAGCGUCAAAGACAGACUGUGGCCAAAGAAGCCUCAGACGCACUUGAAGGCCGGUGGAGAUUUCUUCCAAAGCACAGAGACUACGGAGAAUUUCGUUCAUCCUCGCGUCAAGCAGACGCAACAGCAGGCUGAACUGGUUAGAGACGACGACGAGCAGGAAGAGGACAGACGGAUGAGGGCUUUCGAGCGAGAGGAGAACCGAAAAAAGGACGAAGAAAUGAUGAUGUUGGUGUCGAAGCUGGAAGACCUCAACGGCCGACAAGUCGAGGUCCCGGAAUAUCGAGACGCGUACAAGGACUUUCCACGCGAACGACCGAGAAUCUCCAAACCGGACGACGAGAUAGGUCGCGCCGAUGGUUCGAAAGUGUCCUCGCCAUCGCGCUCCAGGUUCUCCACGAAGAUCGACCAAGACCCGGAGUACAAAUCCAAAUAUCUAGAAUAUCCGCGAGAUCGUCCCGUAUAUCGGAAACCACCGCCGAUGCUACGACCGACGAUGGUAGCCUCUCCCGCGCGUAGUAGUACCUGCUUCUUUAACAAGAUCAACCCGAUUCACCAGGAAUGCCGCGCGUUCGAGUAUGAACCCAUCAGUGAAGUGAGGUCGCAAUACGUUCCGUACGGACACGUCCCGCGGGUCGAAACGUUAAAGAUGCCGGCUAGUCUGCGACCAGAGGGUAACAUCGAUCUUCAGCCGGAAUAUAAAAACGCCUAUUGCGCGCGAUAUGAUCGUCAAGGUGCCGGCCUGGAGCCUAGAGCGUAUGGUAGGGCCGAUCGUAGUCCGAGCGCCUCGAGGAGAGGCGAAAAUUAUUGGCUGAACGACAACAACAACAACAACAACAAUGAUUAUCAAUGCGACAGGACGCUCGUCGGCCAGGAUCAAGACGCGUUUCGAGUGUUGGACACGCGGAUUCUCGAAGACAACGUCACCGGGAAGCCACCGCCUGCUAGCAGAAGAGGUUCCAGGCUUUCCCAAGCAACGGCGCCAAGACUGACGCAGCCGACGGAGCUGACGGAUCGCACUGUCACAAGGAUACGAUCUCCCAGUCCGACGUAUCGGCUUCACGUGUGCGACGUGGACAACGAACCGCGAGGCUUUGGUCGACAGUCUUCCGGAAGGAUACGGAGCCCCUCGGCCGACCGUGUGAGUCGCAACGACGUCGCCAGACCGUAUUCACCCAGCUUUGGCAGGACAGACAGGCAGGAUCGUCGCGUCGAUGAUCAACCGUUUGUUGUUUUGGAUGAAUCCUCGAAAACCGCCUCGGCCAGGAGACGUAACGUCGAUGUCGCGGUACCGAUCUCUCGAGGCAGACCUAGAACACCGACUAGGUGGAUGCCGCCGUGGUACGACAAUACGAAUACGAUUUAGAACGCCUGCAAGAGUUUGCCGAAAGAAUACUCGAACUGCCUAAAAAUUUAAGUUCUAAAAGCCGUAAUCUUACACUGAGAGAAAAAAUAUCUGGGAAAUAAUAAAUAUUUACGGUAAGCCCUGAUAACAUAUUUUCUUAUACUAACACAAAAUAUUUUUUAAAAAAGAAAAUAUACAUUAUCUUAAAACUUUCAG